AUGAAAAUCGUUGGAUUGAUAUCAGGUGGAAAGGAUAGUAUGUUUAACUUGAUGUGCUGUAAAUAUAUGGGUCAUGAAAUAGAAGUUGUCGCACAUAUGAAUCCUCCAGAAAAUUCACUAGAACUAGAUAGCUACAUGUAUCAAAGUAUUGGAAAGGAAUUGAUUCCAAUGGUAGCUGAAUGUUUGGAAAUCCCAUUAAUUCAAUUUAAUAUUAAAGGAAAACCUAUUAAUAAAGAAAUGCAAUAUAUAAGUACAUAUGGAGAUGAAGUAGAAGAUUUAUACAAAGCACUUAAAUAUAUUAAAGAAAAUUAUCCAUAUAUUGAAGGAAUAAGCUGUGGAGCAAUAAUGUCUAAUUAUCAAAGAUGUAGAUUGGAAGAAAUAGCUGCUCGUCUUGAUUUGGAAUGUUUAUGUUAUUUGUGGAUGUUACCUGAAGUUCCAUUAUUAUAUAGAAUGAUUGAAUCAGGCUUGGAAAGUAUUGUAAUAAAAGUAGCAGCUUAUGGAUUGAAUGAUUCAUUUUUAGCCAAAUCAAUUGAACAAAAUUUGUUGGGAUUUCUAAAUAUACAAGAUAAUAUAUGCAGGGAUUUUCAUUGCUGUGGUGAAGGUGGAGAGUUUGAAACAAUAACAAUAAAUGCACCUAAAAUAUUAUAUCCCAAUAAAAUGAUUUCCAUUGAAAGGUUUGAAAGAAUUUGCCUCGAUAAUAAUCCACUUGCUCCUGUAUAUGUAAUUAAACCAAACACAUUUUAUGUUAAAGAUAAAGAUAAUCAAGAGAAAGUUGAAGAUGAUAAAGAUAUUAUUCCUUUACCAUUUUUAAAUGAUAAAUAUUGUCUUGAAUAUUAUUUAUUGAGGACUGGAAUUUACUUAAAUCCUCCAAGUUCAUUUAGAAGGACAUCUUCAAAAUUACAAUUAAACAACAAUAAUAAUACAUAUUAUGAAGAUGAUAUAUUUUGCUUUAUUAUUGGUAAACGUUAUUUUAUAAAUUGGACAAGUUUAUCCUUGGAAAUAUCAAAUAAUUAUUGUUUAGUUGAUAUAUUAAAGCAAACAUUGGGAUUUUAUGAAAAUUGGCAACAUAUUUGGACUCCUAUAUCAUACUACAUUAUAAUUCCAACACUCAUAUUAUCUAAAUAUGAUAAAGAACAGAUAUUUAAAAAGAUAAAGUGUAAAUGGUACGAGAAAUUAGUUGAUUUAUGCCCAAAAUGGAAUCCUAUAAUAAUAAUUGACUUUGAUAAUACAAAAAAGGAAAUACACCACUUGAUGAUAUUUCAACAUAUUGAACAAUCCAUAGAUAAUUGUAAUAUUCAAAAUAGAAAAUUGGAUAAUUCUUUCAAGUUUUUAACAAUGAAUACAUCUACAUCAUAUUCUUCAUAUGGUUAUAGAAUACCAAGGCCAUUUAGUACAGCAUUGAUAUUAUCCAAUAAUAACUUUUCAGCAGGCUGUAAUGAUAUAAAAUCCAAUCUAUUUAUUUUAUCAUCACCUAUUCCAGGAGUAAUACCUCAUUCUGAUUCAGCUCCAACUUUACAACAAAUAAAAUAUUUUGAUAAAACUAAGGAAAGUAUUAAUAGCACUAUUGAAAUAUGUGAUCAUAAUUUAUGUGUCCAAUUAUCUUUAGCACUACGUUCAUAUCGUUGUAAUUUUAGUUCAAGUUUAUACUCUGCGGCUUUUCUUUCAUUUGGUAGUCAUAAUUUAAAAGCUGAUAUUUUCAACUCUGUAUCUUUAUGGAUUAUUAGGAUUGAUAGUUCUAAAACUAAUUAUGGAUAUAAUAAUCAAUAUAUAGAUGAUAUUAUAAAUUACUUUAAAAGUUUAAUAAUAAAAUAUAGUGAUUUUGAAAUAAAGAACUUUGAGAAGAAGGAAGAUUGGUCCACUAUUCACAACUUUUCUAAAAAAUAUGAUAAGUAUAAUAAUCAGUUGGAUCCUUUAAUUGUAUGUGUUAAAGUACCAGGCAUACCUUCUUCAUCAAUAUGUUCAAUUCAACCCUUAGCUAUAUAUAACCCAAUAAAUAAUAACAUAGAAAAACACUCUGUAAGAGUUGAAAUGUGGGACAUUGAUGUUAGACUUGUUUAUGGGAUAUCGGCUUGUUGUAUAUUUAGAUCUAAUACUACUUAUAAAGAUGACAUUUUAAGUCAACCAGAUCUUGGAGAAUCUACAGAAAUUUAUAAAAAGUUGGUAUAUUGUAUUGAACAAGUUUGCUAUAAAUCUGGUUUAAGCAUAGAAGAUUUAAUAUUCUCUACUUUCUUUAUUCGUCCAGAUAUUACAAAAUUUGUCAAUAAUUGGAAAUAUGUUGAUUCAAGUGUUUCUAAGAUAAUUAAGAGCACUAAUACAGUUUGUAUUGAAGAUUCCAAUUCAAGUUUGAUAUUAGUAUUAGCAAUACUUGUUUAA